AUGCGACCUUAUACAAGCAUCAACGAUGAAGAUCAACGCAAUGCUGCAUCCAGAAAAAAACACGAAACUAACAUUACAUUCAGCAAUACAGUAAACCCAAAAAAAACCUCUUCAGAUAAUGAGAAACCGCCCGCGGAGUCUCCUUUCAAGAGCGUGUUUGGAGCACCGUCUUCGACUGCUGCGAAGCCACCCGCGGAGUCUCCUUUCAAGAGCGUGUUUGGAGCACCGUCUUCGACUGAUGCAAAGCCACCCGCGGAGUCUCCUUUCAAGAGCGUGUUUGGAGCACCGUCUUCGACUGAUGCAAAGCCACCCGCGGAGUUAGCUGUGAAGGAGUUGGGAGGCACCUCCUGUGGCAAAAAUGGAGUGUGGAAAUGUUCUCGUUGUGGUAAGGCAAAGGAUCUUUCUGGAGAACAUUUAAAAAAUAAGACUGAAGUACGCUCCGACUGUUGGCCGUGCGCGAGGAAGUCGACAUUCAUACUGGAAAGGGAAAAAUUGUCGGUAUGUGGAAAACAGGAUGUGGAUGAAGAUGAUAACAGAAAGCCCGUGAUCAAUUUAUCUUCAACGUCAGGGGGUGUGAAAGCCGUAGUGGCGUUUGAGCCUCCACGUAUUCCGGUAGAAGCGGAGGAGCAUCUAUUUCUUUUCCCUAAUGUUGGGGACAAAAAGGAGACAAAGGAAUCCGAGAGCAGUUCCUCUUAUAUCUGGAGGUGUCGCGUUUGUGACAAGGUAAAGCCACUAGCCGGACAACACCUGAGCGGAAAGACGGAAGUUAGAAGCGACUGUUGGCCAUGUGCAGCAAAGCGUACCUUCUACCGAACGGCAACUCAAAACACAUUCACUGCGAAGCCACACGCGGAGUCUCCUCUCAAGAACGUGUUUGGAGCACCGUCUUCGACUGCUGCGAAGCCACCCGCGGAGUCUCCUUUCAGGAGCGUGUUUGGAGCACCGUCUUCGACUGCUGCGAAGACACCAGCGGAGUCUCCUUUCAAGAACGUGUUUGGAGCACCGUCUUCGACUGCUGCGAAGCCACCCGCGGAGUCUCCUUUCAAGAACGUGUUUGGAGCACCGUCUUCGACUGCUGCGAAGCCACCAGCGGAGUCUCCUUUCAAGAACGUGUUUGGAGCACCGUCUUCGACUGCUGCGAAGCCACCCGCGGAGUCUCCUUUCAAGAGCGUGUUUGGAGCACCGUCUUCGACUGCUGCGAAGCCACACGCGGAGUCUCCUCUCAAGAGCGUGUUUGGAGCACCGUCUUCGACUGCUGCGAAGCCACACGCGGAGUCUCCUUUCAAGAACGUGUUUGGAGCACCGUCUUCGACUGCUGCGAAGCCACCCGCGGAGUCUCCUUUCAAGAACGUGUUUGGAGCACCGUCUUCGACUGCUGCGAAGCCACACGCGGAGUCUCCUCUCAAGAGCGUGUUUGGAGCACCGUCUUCGACUGCUGCGAAGCCACACGCGGAGUCUCCUCUCAAGAGCGUGUUUGGAGCACCGUCUUCGACUGCUGCGAAGCCACACGCGGAGUCUCCUCUCAAGAGCGUGUUUGGAGCACCGUCUUCGACUGCUGCGAAGCCACACGCGGAGUCUCCUUUCAAGAGCGUGUUUGGAGCACCGUCUUCGACUGAUGCAAAGCCACCCGCGGAGUCUCCUUUCAAGAACGUGUUUGGAGCACCGUCUUCGACUGCUGCGAAGCCACCCGCGGAGUCUCCUUUCAAGAACGUGUUUGGAGCACCGUCUUCGACUGCUGCGAAGCCACCCGCGGAGUCUCCUUUCAAGAACGUGUUUGGAGCACCGUCUUCGACUGCUGCGAAGCCACCCGCGGAGUCUCCUUUCAAGAACGUGUUUGGAGCACCGUCUUCGACUGCUGCGAAGCCACCCGCGGAGUCUCCUUUCAAGAACGUGUUUGGAGCACCGUCUUCGACUGAUGCGAAGCCACACGCGGAGUCUCCUUUCAAGAACGUGUUUGGAGCACCGUCUUCGACUGAUGCGAAGCCACCCGCGGAGUCUCCUCUCAAGAGCGUGUUUGGAGCACCGUCUUCGACUGCUGCGAAGCCACACGCGGAGUCUCCUUUCAAGAACGUGUUUGGAGCACCGUCUUCGACUGCUGCGAAGCCACCCGCGGAGUCUCCUCUCAAGAGCGUGUUUGGAGCACCGUCUUCGACUGAUGCAAAGCCACCCGCGGAGUUAGCUGUGAAGGAGUUGGGAGGCACCUCCUGUGGCAAAAAUGGAGUGUGGAAAUGUUCCCGUUGUGGUAAGGCAAAGGAUCUUUCUGGAGAACAUUUAAAAAAUAAGACUGAAGUACGCUCCGACUGUUGGCCGUGCGCGAGGAAGUCGACAUUCAUACUGGAAAGGGAAAAAUUGUCGGUAUGUGGAAAACAGGAUGUGGAUGAAGAUGAUAACAGAAAGCCCGUGAUCAAUUUAUCUUCAACGUCAGGGGGUGUGAAAGCCGUAGUGGCGUUUGAGCCUCCACGUAUUCCGGUAGAAGCGGAGGAGCAUCUAUUUCUUUUCCCUAAUGUUGGGGACAAAAAGGAGACAAAGGAAUCCGAGAGCAGUUCCUCUUAUAUCUGGAGGUGUCGCGUUUGUGACAAGGUAAAGCCACUAGCCGGACAACACCUGAGCGGAAAGACGGAAGUUAGAAGCGACUGUUGGCCAUGUGCAGCAAAGCGUACCUUCUACCGAACGGCAACUCAAAACACAUUCACUGCGAAGCCACCCGCGGAGUCUCCUCUCAAGAGCGUGUUUGGAGCACCGUCUUCGACUGCUGCGAAGCCACCAGCGGAGUCUCCUUUCAAGAACGUGUUUGGAGCACCGUCUUCGACUGCUGCGAAGCCACCAGCGGAGUCUCCUUUCAAGAACGUGUUUGGAGCACCGUCUUCGACUGCUGCGAAGCCACCCGCGGAGUCUCCUUUCAAGAGCGUGUUUGGAGCACCGUCUUCGACUGAUGCAAAGCCACCCGCGGAGUCUCCUUUCAAGAACGUGUUUGGAGCACCGUCUUCGACUGCUGCGAAGCCACCCGCGGAGUCUCCUUUCAAGAGCGUGUUUGGAGCACCGUCUUCGACUGCUGCGAAGCCACCCGCGGAGUCUCCUCUCAAGAGCGUGUUUGGAGCACCGUCUUCGACUGCUGCGAAGCCACCCGCGGAGUCUCCUUUCAAGAGCGUGUUUGGAGCACCGUCUUCGACUGCUGCGAAGCCACCAGCGGAGUCUCCUUUCAAGAACGUGUUUGGAGCACCGUCUUCGACUGCUGCGAAGCCACCCGCGGAGUCUCCUUUCAAGAACGUGUUUGGAGCACCGUCUUCGACUGCUGCGAAGCCACCAGCGGAGUCUCCUCUCAAGAGCGUGUUUGGAGCACCGUCUUCGACUGCUGCAAAGCCACCAGCGGAGUCUCCUUUCAAGAACGUGUUUGGAGCACCGUCUUCGACUGCUGCGAAGCCACCCGCGGAGUCUCCUUUCAAGAGCGUGUUUGGAGCACCGUCUUCGACUGCUGCGAAGCCACCAGCGGAGUCUCCUUUCAAGAACGUGUUUGGAGCACCGUCUUCGACUGCUGCGAAGCCACCCGCGGAGUCUCCUUUCAAGAGCGUGUUUGGAGCACCGUCUUCGACUGCUGCGAAGCCACCAGCGGAGUCUCCUUUCAAGAACGUGUUUGGAGCACCGUCUUCGACUGCUGCGAAGCCACCCGCGGAGUCUCCUUUCAAGAACGUGUUUGGAGCACCGUCUUCGACUGCUGCGAAGCCACCCGCGGAGUCUCCUUUCAAGAACGUGUUUGGAGCACCGUCUUCGACUGCUGCGAAGCCACCCGCGGAGUCUCCUCUCAAGAGCGUGUUUGGAGCACCGUCUUCGACUGCUGCAAAGCCACCCGCGGAGUCUCCUCUCAAGAGCGUGUUUGGAGCACCGUCUUCGACUGCUGCGAAGCCAACCGCGGAGUCUCCUCUCAAGAGCGUGUUUGGAGCACCGUCUUCGACUGAUGCAAAGCCACCCGCGGAGUCUCCUUUCAAGAACGUGUUUGGAGCACCGUCUUCGACUGCUGCGAAGCCACCCGCGGAGUCUCCUUUCAAGAACGUGUUUGGAGCACCGUCUUCGACUGAUGCGAAGCCACCCGCGGAGUCUCCUCUCAAGAGCGUGUUUGGAGCACCGUCUUCGACUGCUGCAAAGCCACCCGCGGAGUCUCCUUUCAAGAACGUGUUUGGAGAACCGUCUUCGACUGCUGCGAAGCCACCCGCGGAGUCUCCUUUCAAGAACGUGUUUGGAGCACCGUCUUCGACUGCUGCGAAGCCACCCGCGGAGUCUCCUCUCAAGAGCGUGUUUGGAGCACCGUCUUCGACUGCUGCGAAGCCACCCGCGGAGUCUCCUUUCAAGAACGUGUUUGGAGCACCGUCUUCGAAUGCUGCGAGGGUCUCGGAAGAUUCUUCAUUAAGUGUUGUUUCUCACUUGAUGCCAUUUGGUGUCGGUGAUGGCGGGGCUGUCGCUGUGAUUCCUUCAGAGGGUUCAUUUGCAGGGCGCUCUGAAGUUAGUUCGGAUGCAAGUGCUUUUGUUGACCCUAUGAUUCCUUCUGACGACGAUGUUAAUGGGUGUAAUAGUUUGGUUUAUAAAGAAGCUAUGGGAGAAAUGAAUUCCGGUUUUAUGUUUCCUCUUAUUUCUCCGCGCGAUGAUGAUAAGCAAAAUGUGAUAAAGCGUUUGAAGGAGGGUGUUGAGAAAAUAUCUUUUGAUGGAGUGAGAAAUGAGCCUUUAGUUGUGGGCGAUGCCUGCGUUACGUUGAAAAAUUUUGAACAAAUGUUGGUGGCGUUUCGAAGCGACCUUGUUGGUGUCAUUAGAAGUGAGAUUGAGGGAAUUUUUUUUGCUCCUCAAAAUACAGAGGGAGACAAUCACGCUGCAUUGCCAAAAACCACUAGAGAUGAAAUGACUUCUUCAGGUAAAAAGGGAAGUGAGGUUGUGGGGUUCUCUCAAGCGUUGAGGGCGCAUCUUUCUAAUGCGUUUCGCAAGUAUUAUUGA